CAAAAUUUUCGGAAAAUUGAAAAUUUCCCACCUAAAUUAAACCGCCAAGACGAAGGGAAAGAAGAAAACCCAUUUCAAAAAGCGAAAGCUAUUCUUCAAUCCCAAAUUCUCUUUCUUCCCAAACCUCAAUUUCACUCUUCUCUUCGCUUCUACCAUCUUCAGGUUUUCCUUUUUUUCUUUUUCUUUCCCUCUCUAAUUUCUAAUUUUCUUUUCAUCUCCACAUUUCCUGCUUCUUCCCCGAUCCAGAUCUCUUGAAAAAUGGCCGGGAAAGGUGGGAAAGGGCUUUUGGCUGCAAAGACUCCUGCAGCGAACAAAGAUAAGGAUAAGGACAAGAAGAAGCCCAUCUCUCGAUCCUCCCGCGCUGGUAUACAGUUUCCUGUAGGACGAAUUCACAGGCAUCUCAAAACAAGAAUAUCUGCAAAUGGGCGAGUUGGUGCGACUGCUGCAGUGUACCUAGCAUCAAUUCUGGAAUAUCUGACCGCUGAAGUGCUUGAGUUGGCUGGAAAUGCGAGCAAGGAUCUGAAAGUGAAGAGAAUCACUCCAAGACAUCUUCAGCUUGCCAUUAGAGGAGAUGAAGAACUUGAUACCCUGAUCAAAGGAACCAUUGCUGGAGGUGGUGUGAUUCCUCAUAUUCACAAAUCCCUCAUUAACAAAGCCUCCAAGGAUUGAGACAUUCACAUGUAUCUUUAACUAGUGUUUAGCUUAAUCUAAUGACUUCUAAGACUGUAGAUGAACACAUUUACUUCGCAUCCAAGAAUUAGGUUCUCUGUUUGCGUUUGUGAAGCUUUGCUACUUCUUCUCAUACCCCCAUCUCUUUUGUGUAUUUGGUUGGACAAGUAUCUUUGUUCAGUGUAAGAUUGUUAUCUUUGUUGUAUGUUUUUUAAUUUAGAUUACUUUCUACAAGUUUGUUGGAUGGGUCA